UUCAUUUUUUAAAGUAAAAUCAUAACCAAAUCAAAUAAAAUAGGUUUUUAAAAAUUUAAAACCAAACUUAACUAAGAUAUUUCUAAUCGGUUUGGUUGAUUUGCAGUUGGUUUGGUUAAACCCCUAGUUUCUCUUGAUUCCCAUCAAUUCCCAAGCCACCUCAUUCGAAGAAGCAAUGGAGCUAACAGCAGCUGAGCUGAAGGCGUACGACGGCACAGAUCCAUCAAAGCCAAUAUACGUAGCAAUCAAAGGGCGCAUCUUCGAUGUGAGCACUGGCAAUUCCUUCUAUGGUCCUGGUGGCGCUUACUCUAUGUUCGCUGGUAAAGAUGCUAGCAGAGCACUUGCAAAGAUGAGCAAGAAUGAGGAAGAUGUUACACCAUGUUGUGAUGGUCUCUCCGACAAAGAGAUGGGUGUUCUCAAUGAUUGGGAGAAGAAAUUUGAAGCUAAGUACCCAAUUGUUGGAACUGUCGUUUAGGGAUCUGGGUGUUUUGAGGCAAUUAUGAAUAAAUAUUGGGUGUAUUGUGUAUUUUUUUAUGGGUUUGUUUGUGUAAGGACUAAAAAUUAACUUGUUACGAAUAAAUCUUGGUUUAUGUA